AUGUUGCGUAGCCUAUUGGUUAUUUGCACUAUUUUUGUGAUUUUUGUUGAACUUGCUCCAGUUUCAGACGAUACUUUGGAGUUAGAGUUAGGUAAGUUAUCGGGUCACAGUUUUGGAUAGAAGCUGAUUUACUUACUUUCGCAAUCAUUGUUUUAGACCCCCGUCUCUCAGAAACUUGUUGAAAACAAACACAAAAAUUUCAGAAUCAAACAUAACUGUUGUGAAAUUGGACAAAGGUCUGAAAUUCGAAGCGCAUUCAAAAUUCGAUUCUGACAAUUCAACAACAUCAAAACAAUCAGAAAAAGGUGUUGAUAUGAUCAUUCAUCAGAUUAUUCAUCUAUACCGUAGGUUUCAAUUUAGACAAUCAAUUUCGAUUUUUCAGAAAAACCUCAGCAUCCAACAAAUUCGUCUUCCGAAGAAAUCCAUGAUCCAUCGGUUGUAAGUGGAAGAGCAGUUCGAUCGGUUGAUAAAAAAGGUGAGAUUUGGAGAAAUUAGGGAAUUCUGGACACAUAAUGUGUUCAAGGUGAUCAAUCGAUGAUUCAACAGAACGUAAAAACGACGAAAGCAGCAGUAGCAGUAGCAGCUCAGAAGAAGAAAAAAACGACAAGGAAGAAAAAAAAAGUGACAACAACAACGACGACGAAAAAAGUUCCGACACUGAAAAAGAAGUCUUCAAUGCCGGAGGUAAUUUGUGAUUUUAUUCGAAAAUCCAAACUACCUUUCGAUCUAAGCGCUCUUGAAACAAAGGAGUGUAAUGAGAUCGAAGAGGUUGGAAAUCAUUUUAUCAUUAUGAUUAUUACAGAAGAAACCUUCAAACUCGGCGCCAAUUUCACCUCCAAUGCCAACUAG